GCCCACUGAGCUCAGUCCAUAACCAGGACUUGUCUCCUGUGCAAUCUUCACGAGUUUAAUUUCAUUUUACCUUUGCACUGGCCACACUCACAGCUCCUCACUGGGGGAUUCUAGGCAGGCAGGGGCUCCACUCCUGAGCCACUAUGCCCUCGUCCCCAUUGUAGAUCCGGGUGCUGUGUGGGUUUAUGGUGGCAUGCAUGCGUUUGGGAACGCUCAGCUUCUAACAGUCCUCCAGGAGGACAGGUUUGGGAUUGGUCUUCUUCCUACUGUUGUCGCUGAGGCUGGCCUUCAGGAUAAUAGGCAUGUACCAAUGAUGUGAGAAAGUCUUGCAGUGUAGUCCAGGCUGGCCUGGACCUCAGUUUCCCAAAUGCUAGGAUGACAGUCAUGUUCCCUGAAUACCUUUAAUGUGCAGUUCUCAGCUUGGGCGCUUCACUUACCGAUUUCUGUGAUCCAACCUAUUCCUAGUCUUGGCACCUAGAUGCUGUUUUCCAUUUCCAAGUUACAUUCCUGGGGUCCUCCUUAUCUCCUGACAGGCCCAGCGAUAUAUCUUAUCCAGGCCAGCCAGGCGUUGGCUUGGGGAGAGAGUGCUUUACAUUUUUGGAUAGUGACAGGGCUGACUAGUGCUUGGCCUCAGCUGCUACCUUGAAAGCUGGGCCCUGAGCAGCCUGGGUGAAGUGAGGGCUUCCUCUCACCAGCAGCAGGACACCAGUGCAAACUCAGACCCACCACCCCUGAUUGAUUGGGAAUACCUGUGGAAGGGGGCUAGUCCUUGGGAAUGUCCAUGCUCACUGAACAUCCCUGUCCAGCUGUCUGUUGGUCCUUUGAGCCUGGGUCUAAGGUGCCAUCCACCCUAGGACAGGGUGUGCACUUGUGUUUAAGGGCAGAGCCUUGCCUUCAGGGGAACUCACCUCAAGUGACUUUUGAAAGCUAUGUUUUUCUUUUUGAGAAAGGAUCUCAAGUAGCUCUGGCUGGCCUUGAACUGGUGCUGAGGAUACAUAGUGUCAGUCUACGCCGUGCCUUAGAUGGAACCCACAGCUGCUUUGUUGAAUGCUCAGCACACAUUCUACAAACUCGGCUUCAAACUGUGUGUCUUGUGCAGCGUGUGCAUGCCACCACAUGCAUGUGGUGUCAGAGGAGUCUCUCCUACCAUGUGGAUUCUGCAGUUCACACUCGGGGUGGCUCUGUGGCAAGGGCUUUUAGGUGCCGAGCUCUUACCACUGCUUACUAGCCUCUGAUGGCCUCACCUUCAGCAACCCUUCCCUGGCUUCCUGGCCACAGGGGCUACCCACAUGCACUGCCAUACCCACCAUCAGUUCUUUUCCUUUGUCUCCAAAGCCCUUGGUCUGUUGUUGCCCAUGGUCACUUGCUGGGUCUCAUGGAUUCAGAAGUCUGCAGAACCUGUGCCUUUCUGGGAAUGAUUUGUCACUGCCUCCUCUUGAUCUGAUACUCCAAAGCCCAGACUGGCUGUAGCUGUGGUUAGCCUUCCAAGAAUGGGAUUCCCAGCCCUUAGCUAUCCCCUAGCCUCUCCCUUUUCCUGUUUUGAUGCUGCCUCAGCCAGGUCCAGAGACAAGGGCAUGAUGUCAAUCCUGGCUGAAGCAGAGAUGGACUAGUGUCAUGUGCCCUUCCCAGUCCCUGUUGGCCCCACAUGGCCUACAGUCCAACAUGAGACCUACAACAGGCCCCUCCCAGUCGCCCCCUCCCAGUCGCCCUGUACUUCUUCCACUGACAGCAGGUGGGGUGGGCACAUGGGUUCGUAGCCAGCUCUGGACUUGCUUCUGGCUGAUGGUGUGACACUCAUAAAUCAGAGGCAUCAGGGUGUCGGAAAUGGGUCUAUGGAAUGUCUGGGUGGGUGAGCCAUCAAUUCUUAGGGAUGAGGAUGUGGGGACAAGGUGGGUGGGACCCCCAUGGCUUCCCUGGGACAUGGAAGUGAUUUUAAUCCCCAGGACAGGCAGGGAAUAAAUUGAGGGCACCAAAGCCUCUCGGCAUCCUGGGACCUGCCUGUCACAAUGGCUGCAGGAAGACUUCGGAUCUUGUUUCUGCUGCUCCUGUCCUUGCACCUGGGCCUUGGCUGGGUCCUUGAUCUUCAAGAGGCUCCUGCGGCAGAUGAGCUCUCAUCUGGGAAAAUGGCAGAGACUGGAAGGACCUGGAAGCCCCAUCAGGGUAACAACAAUGUCCGCCUUCCAAGAGCCUUACCUGGUUUGUGCCGGCUGUGGAGCCUGACCCUACCAGUGGCUGAGCUUGGCCUGGGCUAUGCCUCAGAGGAGAAGAUUAUCUUCCGAUACUGUGCUGGCAGCUGUCCCCAAGAGGUCCGUACCCAGCACAGUCUGGUGCUGGCCCGUCUUCGAGGGCAGGGUCGAGCUCAUGGCAGACCUUGCUGCCAGCCCACCAGCUAUGCUGAUGUGACCUUCCUUGAUGACCACCACCAUUGGCAGCAGCUGCCUCAGCUCUCAGCCGCAGCUUGUGGCUGUGGUGGCUGAAGGCGGCCAGCCUGGUCUCUCAGAAUCACAAGCAAGAGGCAGCCUUUGAAAGGCUCAGGUGACGUUAUUAGAAACUUGCAUAGGAGAAGAUUAAGAAGAGAAAGGGGACCUGGGGUUUGGUUUUUUUUUUUUUUUUUUUUUUUUUUGCUUGUUUUCUAUCAGUAGUGAAUGCAAUAAACGAUAUUCUUAUGGUCUUAA